AUAAAGAUGAAUAACAGAAAAUGAGUUCUUAAGAAAUUCAUGUGCACAAAAAGAACAGAUUAAAAGGCUAGUGGACGUCGAUUGAGGCAUCGUGUCGGAUUCCUAAUUAAGCUAUCUUACUAAAUGUUUUCUUAUUCACUAUUUCUUGUGCUUUUUUCAUGUAACUUUUUUGUAAGUUUGCGAGGAAGUUCUUGGAAUGAGAUAUCUUAUAAGAACAUUCUGACUUCUUUGAAUGUUACUGAACUAAAUCUUACCACAUUGGAUGUGCUUCUGGAAAAUUUAAGAUUGCGAAAUUGUAGCCGGGGACAUUCAAGCGAAGCUGAUUGUCGGCACAGAUGUCUGACUUCAAAGUAUUUGUUUGAAAGGCACGAAAUAAAUUACAGUGAGAAUGUCAGUGCUAGAAAGCUCGCUGAGUUGUCAACAAGCCUCCUCUACUUUAUGUUACCAAAGAAUUCUGGGGUAAAAGAAUGUCAAAAUGGCGACGAUAUCACUAUGUAUAAGCGGUUUCUGCUGUACUAUCAAACAAAGGGACGUAUUUGUUUGCGAUUACUUGAUAGGAUACUACGAAGUCUAAAGGAAGAAUGCAGAAAAGAUGAUCCCAAGCAAAGAUUUUCUGCUGUGCAUCUUUUUGCGCUAAUGAAUUUUUCAGAACAUAAGGAACUUGACGAAGAACAAUUUUCAACAAUAAGCAUUAUGAUAAUUUCAAAUCUCUUAAAUGGAUCAUGUAUGGAUGUACCGGACAGCCAUGACUUAUUACUGCCAUGCCGGUCUUAUUUUACAUCUAAACUUUUUGAACAUUUUGGUACAGUGGAUGGUCGUUUAACAUAUGAGAAAUUUGAACUAAUGUUAAAACAUAUGGGUCUUGGAAAUAACAGUGAGCAUCAUGUUGAGGAGGCUGAUGAACAUGAUGAUCAUAAACGUAAAAAACGUGACAAUUCCCAUGAACAUGAAGUGCAGGAUAAUGUAAAUACACUAAUGAAUCCGUCCAGCAAGGAGUGCUACUCUGCAGAUGAUCUGGCACUGGUAUUUUCCAUCAAUAAAAGUAUUGGUAUUGAUAGCAAUGAAUUCAAUCAGAUAUGCCCAGCCUUGAUUGAACAAUUGGAGUCAAAGUCUUGUGUGAAAGUGACAGAAAAAGGAAAUGGAACCCAUACAUCUAAAUAUGUUUGGUUGUAUGGCUUCGUGUCCGUAUUAUUAAUAAGUUUACUAUCACUCGCUGGUAUCGCAGUAAUUCCCACCAUGAAAGGAAAUAUGUAUAAAAAGAUCAUCAUCGUUCUAGUUGGUCUUGCUAUUGGUACCCUCACAGGAGAUGCCCUGUUCCAUCUGAUACCACAUGCCGCCGGUUUUCAUGCGAGUAGUCAUGGGCAUGGAGAUGGACAUGAUUCUGAACAUACAGGCGACGACAAGGCAUUUUUGUGGAAAUUUUUAGUUGUGGCUUCUGGUGUUUAUGGUUUCUUUCUAUUUGAAACAUUUACGCAUCUUUUCUUGAGUUCCAGUGGUCAUGGCCACUCUCACAAUAUCGAGCAUACUCGCAAACACAGUCCGUUUGAAAGGAAUAAUUCAUGCCGUACAGUGGAACGCCAUGAGAUGCGCCUUGCCUCGAGUACACAGCAUCAUGAGACACCUGCUCAUACUCAUACUCAUGAUACGACGCAAGUUAUAUUUAACCGGGUUAGCGGCAAGGCGGAAGAAAAGGCUUUAAAAUCUAAAACUGAUGAUCAGAAUCACGAUGACAAUAUCCCAAGUUUAUUAAAAAGUUCAUCCCAUGGAUCUGAGAAGAAAAAGAUUAGUUCUGUUGGUUGGAUGAUCAUAAUAGGAGAUACAAUACAUAAUAUAACUGAUGGCAUUGCCAUCGGGGCGGCAUUCACGCAAGACGUUGGUGGAGGGUUGAGCACAUCUAUUGCUGUGUUUUGUCAUGAAUUACCACACGAAUUAGGCGAUUUUGCUGUGUUGGUUUCAUCAGGAAUGACAAUAAAACAAGCCAUGCUGGCCAACUUCUUAUCAGCUUGCUCAAGUUUCAUUGGCUUGGUUAUUGGGAUUUUAAUAGGCCAGCAGACAGAAGAGGGAAAUCAGUGGAUAUUUGCAGUCAUGGGAGGGAUGUUUCUAUAUAUUGCAUUGGUUGAUAUGUUACCGGAGUUGAUGCACAGCGAAGAGCUUGGUGGAGCAGGCAGACUGCAAAUAUUUCUUCUUCAAAACAUAGGAAUCUUACUCGGCUUUGUUCUUAUGCUUUUAAUUGCAUAUUUUGAGGAAGACCUCGUAAUAUCCGAGUGAUCAAAACAGUGACCUACACAGCAGAUAUAUAAUAUAAAAGCAUGUUGUUUUAUGAGAUUUAUAUGAAGAAGUUAAAUAUGCAUUAAAAUAUUUUAGACAUACAUAAAUGUCUUAUCAGCGAUGCUUAUAUAGGAUGCCAGGAUACAAAACAAAGAAUGCAGUGAUAUACUGUUAAAUGUUUAACGCAGAAGGUUCAUUCACAGUGCAAUGCUAGCCUAGAACAGUAGAACGAAGGGUUUAAACUUAAAACAAGGCCACUAUGUCUAUGAACCGCUUUAACCGAUGCUCUGCAUGUUCGAAAAUAAACUUUCAGUAAAAUCAUUAAUGAAGGGUUUUUCGAAAUUUUAAAAUGCGGUUCAAAAGAAAUCAGUAGAAUUACAUUUUGCCUAAAAACAAUAGA